AUGGUUAGGGAAGACAGAACAACCUGGAAGGCUAACUAUUUCCUGAAGCUCGUGGAGUUGUUUGAUGAGUACCCGAAGUGCUUCCUCGUAGGUGUCGACAAUGUGGGUUCGAAGCAGAUGCAGGAGAUUCGUCAAGCAAUGAGAGGUCAUGCCGUGAUCCUCAUGGGAAAGAACACGAUGAUCCGCAAAGCCAUUCGCGGUCACUUGUCCAAGAACCCAGCUCUUGAGAAGCUUCUCCCUUACAUCGUUCAAAAUGUCGGGUUCGUCUUCACGAAGGAAGAUCUUGGAGAGAUUCGUGCUAAAUUGUUGGAAAACAGAAGGGGUGCUCCCGCCAAGGCUGGCGCCAUUGCUCCCUGUGAUGUCAAGCUGCCGCCUCAGAACACCGGUAUGGGUCCCGAGAAGACCUCGUUCUUCCAGGCCCUUCAGAUUCCAACGAAGAUCGCAAGAGGAACCAUUGAAAUUUUGAAUGAGGUGCAUCUCAUCAAGGAGGGUGAGAAAGUGGGAGCUUCCGAGGCUGCUCUUCUCAAUAUGCUUGGAGUGACACCGUUCUCAUACGGUCUUGUCGUUCUCCAAGUGUAUGACAAUGGAACUAUCUACACACCAGAGGUGCUUGACAUGACCACCGACGAGCUUCGCAAGCGCUUCUUGGCCGGAGUGCGCAACGUGGCCGCCGUUUCGCUCGCCAUCAAGUACCCAACGAUGGUCUCCGUUGCUCACUCGUUGGCCAGAGGAUUGCAGAACAUGCUUGGAAUCGCUGCCGUCACCGACGUCGACUUCAAGGAGGCCGCUCAGCUCAAGGAAUAUCUUGCUGAUCCGAGCAAGUUCGCAGCUGCAGCUGCUCCAGCCGCCGCAGCUGCCCCAGUCGAAGCAGCAGUUGAGAAGAAGAAAGAGGAGGUCAAGGAAGAGUCCGAGGACGAAGACCUUGUGAAGCAAGUUGAGUGCAUCAUAUUGAGUGAGUCUUUAGCUUGGGCAACUCCUGCGAUCAUGCUGAUCUUCAAGGACGUCUUCACUGAUGAUGAAUUGUCAUCGGACUCAUUCCCAAUGAAGCUCGUCGAUGAUCUCGUGUACGAGUUCAAGGGAAGGCACGUAAUUCGCAAGGAGGGAGAGAUAUGUUUGCCAGGAGCCAACCCUUCAGCCGAGGGUGAGGAUGGCGACGAAGGAUCUGAUGAGGUUGUGGAGCGAGGAAUCGACAUCGUUCUCAACCACAAGCUUGUGGAAAUGAACUGCUACGAAGACCAAGCGACGUUCAAAUCGUACGUCAAGUCUUUCAUGAAGAAGGUUGUUGAUUAUAUGGAGAAAGAAGGAAAGUCGAAGGACGAGAUCGAUACGUUCAAGAAGAAGAUCCAAGCUUGGGUUGUAUCCCUCCUUGACAAGAAACGUUGGAAAUCCCUGCAGUUCUUCAUUGGAGAGAGAAUGGCUGAAGGUGCUGGAGAUGGGCAAGUAGCCAUCAUUGAAUACCGUGACGUUGAUGGUGAAGAGGUACCAACCUUGAUGCUCAUCAAGGAGGCCAUCAUCUCUGAAAAGAUUUAA